UAUCUCUUCAGUUCUGCGACAAAACUUUGAGCUCGAAAUUCUACCCCUCAUAUUAAUAUCUUGCCUAGACAUCGGCCAGGAGUUGUCAUGGGACACGUUCCAGAUGGAGUUCUCGCCCCCACACCUCGGUGGAAACCUUCCCAUCCCAAGGCUUUUCAGGGUCACCAAGAGACUGGGUUGGGCGAAGUGCAGCGUUAGAAGGCCGGCCGUCAGCUCAAUAAGGACUGGUACUCCCAUGGAAAAGCAAACUUCCCCGGGCCACUCAAGCCACUGACAGUCGGAGUCGCUCUGGAUUGCAUAUCAACUUCCGCAAAGGUCGUGGCUGAGCUGAGCUUAAGCCUGAGCCUGUGUCAUUGGUGGCGCCAUGGGGUUUUGGUGUCGGGCGAGGCUGAACCUCAGCCUUGGACAAACCAUAAGAACCUCCCCAGGUCGCAAUGGCUUUUGAGUAGCUCACAACUCGCAUUUAGGGGCCUUAAGGGAAACAGCCCACAUCAUGGCACCCGGUGACGUGAAUGCUGCCUUGCUUCCGCUCCAUUCGUCCCGUACAGAGUCUCCUGAGCCUUUGUCACCAACACUCCCUCCGGAACAAGGAUCACUUAAUCCGCCUUCUCGAAGGAGAAGACGUCAUUCGAGAGGGCAGUAUGCUUAUUCAACUAUUGAGGAAUCACGUUCAAGGACACCAAGCCCCUCUCCACCUACGGCAACUCAGCCUAGUGAACCAACAAUACUUUCAACUGAGAACCCUCCUUCUAACCAGCCGUCCGGUUCGGCCCAAGACGAUGGACAUUCGGCGGUGAAUCUAGAUCCCACUCCAGAAGGUCCUGCAGAGGCUUUGCUUCCCAAGAAGCCCAAACCCGCAGAUGUCAUCAUAUACAGAUAUGAAAACGACGCUUGUGUCGGGGAUGGUAUGCAUUUGAAAACCGUGGACGAUGUGAGAGCAUUUUUGGAAAGUCUUUCAUCUGCGCACCUUUCGUCAACAGAUUUCCUACUACUUAUCGAGGACAUUUCGAACGACGUGAUCCAAACACUCGCCGACAAUCUGGACUUCAACCCAAGCACCGUGACCGAGCAUGUCAAAGGGAGAGUAAAUGACGAUGGAAGCGAGAAAAGGAAGAGCGGGCUUCACGUUGAUAAAAUUCAAUCGACGUUGUUUGACCAUAUUACCAGAAGAGACAACCAGGAGUCACUCACUUGGUGGAAGCUAUUCUCACACUCCCGGACAGGCUACACGCGCGAAAAGGAAGCCUUAGAUGUAUGUGGCGCUGACACCAGAAAAAUGACUGUACCGCACUUCGAAGUUCAUAUCUCCGAUACCUUCCGAGAUACUGCGCCGGCUGAGAUGGACAUCCGGGUAAGGAGUGUAGCUACUACUGUCAAGACACAGUGGCAGAAACAAAAAGAGAUGGCGAGUCGAAAGAAAUCCAAGGAGGCCCCUUUAUCGAAGGAACAUAAUCUCGGUUUAACCGCCGAACGAUCCCACCCAGAACAGCGCUCUCGGAAAGUUCACAAACUCGAUGCAAAAACAUACAGGCCACAUCAGGUCAUUACUGAGGUCAAGAAGGACACGUGGGGCGCUGCUGCUGAGGAACGCAUCACGUUUACCAAACUUGAGCGUGAGGGAUCAAGAUUCUAUAUAUUACUAUUCGACAAACCUCGAGGCAUCCGCCAGUAUACCCAAAAGGUCAGCGUCAAUGACAUGGAAGAUCAGUCUGGAAGUAUUUUGAGCAAGUUCCUGGCUCGCGAUGUCCGGUCAGAAGUGACCAUUAAAUCGGAAAAGGCAGGAGAUGUUUUCUCAACCUUCCUCUCCGACAAGACCAUCACCAAGAGGAGCCGUCCAGGGAAAUCACGCGCUCGGUCACAGACUCGCAGACUCUCAGCCAUUACUAGCACAGGCGAAGUCGAGAAGACAACUGAAGUACACCCGCUACCAACUUCAACCAGAGAACGUUUUCUCACUCAAGCUCAACGGGAAGGCCUUUUUGGUCGCCAAAAAUCCCGCCUCGAAGGACGAGACAAUAUCGUGCGCAAGGCCAAACUCGCAUUUUCAGCCAUGAUUGCUCAGGAUUGGAACCUUGUAUUGUCGCAGAUGAGCCUGACACUGGACGAAAUCGAUACGAAGAUGUCUGACAACAUUAUGCUUCAAGAAAAUGCCCUCGCAUGGAGGCGAUUGCUAUGUUCUUGGCGUGUGAGCCUUGUCGAAUACGCCACGCGAAUUGAGGAGAGCAAGCAAGUCCUGCGAGCGCAGAUGAGCGUCAGGAUGCAGCCAAGCAGCUCUACCUUAGUAGGCACUGCAUCCACCAUUGAAAUUUCUCGACGGCCAACACCAUCAAACAUUGAAGACGUAGCAAAUCGAUCUCUUGAAGAUGUUCAGUCGAUUUUGUACCUUUACCAGGUCCUUACGGAUGGCGUCCGCAAAAUCGAGCAACGCGUUGACCGAUCCUUUCAAGCUAUCAUGUCAUCCAUGUCCAUCAUUGAGAGCGAGCGUGCCAUCACCCAGGGUGUAGCAAUUGCGCGGUUAACUGAAUUGGCAUUCAUCUUCAUUCCCUUGAGCUUUGCUGCCGCUUUCUUCUCUAUGCAAGUCAAGGACUUUGCAGGAAACAACCAACCUCGCCUGAGACACUUCUUUGCUCUAGGUAUCGCUUUGAUCUUCUCGCUAUAUUGCUUGAGAGCCUUUAUACGUUCCACCAUGCUUGCAACAUUUGUUCGCAACAUGGAGAGGAAAAUAAGGGAAACCAGUAGGGUUCCCGGUACUGAAGACAUACCAGCGCGAGUUGUUGUAUCCUUUGCAUGGCAACAACUUGGUGUCCUGUCCCGGACGCUUCUGCUAGUUGUCCCAUUUUUCAUCAUCGCUUUGGUCUUGAUCGCGACUUUGAGUCAUCACAAGGUGUUCAAAGCCCUUGGUAGCGUCCUACUGGUUAUCGGAACAAUCACCAUGAUUGCUUAUAUUUUCGGUGGUCGAUAUCUUGCCUCGUUCCGCACUUCCAUAAUUCUGGUCUGGAUACUAUCUCUCCUUGGAGCUGGCCUUGGUGGGGAAACCUCCCCGAAUCCUGCAGUUAUGGGAACUAUAUGCACUAUAGUCACAACCGUGUGUGUGAUUGCUUUAGCUGUUAUUCCCCAGGACUUUACUUACGACCCAGAUCUACUCGCAAUGCGGAUUUUGGCACCUUUGUGGGUACUCGAACUUCCGAUUGCAAUCCUAUGUCAUUAUUAUCAGUCUUCAAAGUGGGCACCAUACCAACUUUCGCUGGGAAUCAUGCCAUUUGUACUGUUAUUUGGAAUCCUUUCAUCCUGGCUAUACAAUCGAUCCUUCAGAUGGAUUCCGCAAACCCUCGGGGUUGGUGCUGUGACUUUAGGCAUUCCAUUAUCACUCGUUUGGUCAUACUGGCCGCUUCGAAACCCUGGUGCUCCCUUAUAUGGCCAGCUUUUGGUCACAUGUUUCUCGGUUGCUGUCUUCAUCUGGAUUCUAGCCCUCUGCUUUGAGGAUGAUGUUGAUGAUACCACCUUCCUGGCCGCUUACUUAGCAGUAUUAGUUGGCCUCCCACUCAUCAUGGCCUGGAGCUACAAAUCAUCCCAUGGCACCCAGCUUCCUCUCUAUGGCCAACUCUUAGUCACACUAGCAGCUGUAGGCCUGCUUUCGUGGACCCCUUAUCUCUAUAUGCACUUAGAUCUCAAAAAGAAGAAGGCGUGGCUCACAACUUAUGCCACUGCUCUGGUUGGAGCGCCGAUGGUCAUGGUCUGGUGUUAUGCUCCUUCACAUGGCGACAGAAUCCCUUUAUACGCAAAACUUAUCGUCACUGUAGCGAGUAUCGUAGUUUGCUCUGCUGCUUAUCAGUUCACUAUUUAUCGUCGACUAACUGAACAGUCCAUCUUUCUUGGUCUCCUUCUAGGGCUAGUAGGAAUCCCAACCAUCGUCGUCUGGGCCGUUCUUCCCCAGACCGGAACUCCCUUCCCUCUAUACGGCAAAAUUUGUGUCACCCUUGGAUCUAUAAUUGUUCUUUGCUUCGUCGUCCGUCUCAUCAACCCCUUUGCAAAGGACCAGGACUGGAGGGUUCUUUCGUGGCUUGUGAGCGGGAUGACGCUUGCGGCGUGGAUACCGACUAUUGUUUGGACCAUCGAUACGAAGGCUUUGGAGCCUAUUCGUCGAAGCAGGGCAAUUAUGAUUCAUGUUACUUGGACGUCGAUUUUGUUUUGGCUAAUUGUGUGGCCAUUUGUAUGGCAUUAUGGAUUUUCUCUUACUCGAGUGAGGAGGUCAAGGAGGAGCGUGAGGUCGCCAUAAGGAGGUAUAUUUGUA